UUGAUCGAUGAUGCCGCGUUUCUCCCCACCUGUCCGCGCGCUCAUUUGAGCCGCUCGUUGGAGACGGAUCUCUCUCACGCGUCGGGAAUAAACGGAAGGUUCAAUGAGCCUCUUGUGGAACUCUUGGAGACCUCCAGCAGCAUCGUCAGGGCACACUCGAGUAACAUUACUCCCCACGCGUCAUGUCUCACCCUGAGCGAUGGGCAAGUUCGACGAGCACGAGAGGAUAAUCCUCAACGUCGGGGGCACGAGGCACGAAACCUACCGGACCACAUUGAAGACCCUGCCGGGCACGCGUCUGGCCCUACUCGCCUCGGAGUCGCCGGACCUCGAGUCGGUUCUGGAGCAGCUGCAACAAGUGCCGGGCUUCAUUGAGUACAACGCGCGCAACAACGAGUACUUCUUCGACCGGCACCCGGGCGUUUUCGCCUACGUGCUCAACUAUUACCGCACCGGGAAGCUGCACUGCCCGGCGGACGUGUGCGGCCCGCUGUUCGAGGAGGAGCUGUCCUUCUGGGGCAUCGAUGAGACGGACGUGGAGCCGUGCUGCUGGAUGACCUACCGACAGCACCGGGAUGCCGAGGAGGCGCUGGACGUGUUCGAGAUGAACGUGGACAACGACGACGAGGACGAGAUCGGGAAGCGGCUGGGCAUCGAGGACGUGGUGUCCGCCGACGGCACCGUCAGCAGGUGGAGAAAGUGGCAGCCGGUGAUCUGGAACCUGUUCGAGGACCCGUACUCGUCCAGAGCCGCGCGGUUUAUUGCAUUCGCCUCUUUGUUCUUCAUCCUGGUUUCCAUCACAACCUUCUGCCUGGAGACCCACGAGGCCUUUAACACCAUCAUCAACAAAACGGACGUCUUUCGGAACGACAGUUUCACAGAUCUGAGCCAGCAGUACGAGAUCGAAACGGAUCCAGCGCUCACCUACGUUGAGGGAGUUUGCGUUCUCUGGUUCACCUUCGAGUUCCUGGUGCGCGUAACGUUCAGUCCCGACAAGUUGGAGUUUGUGAAAAGCGUCUUGAACAUCAUUGACUUUGUGGCAAUUCUUCCUUUCUACUUGGAGGUGGGCUUGAGCGGACUCUCCUCCAAAGCGGCAAAAGAUGUUUUGGGGUUCUUGCGUGUGGUACGGUUUGUGCGUAUUUUGAGGAUCUUCAAGCUGACACGUCACUUUGUGGGCCUACGAGUGCUAGGACACACUCUGCGUGCCAGCACCAAUGAAUUUCUACUACUCAUCAUCUUCCUCGCUUUGGGAGUCCUCAUCUUCGCCACCAUGAUCUACUACGCCGAGCGGAUCGGGGCCAGUCCUAACGACCCGACGGCCAGCCACCACACCAUGUUCAAGAACAUCCCCAUUGGCUUCUGGUGGGCAGUGGUCACCAUGACGACUUUGGGUUAUGGAGACAUGUACCCUCAGACAUGGUCUGGCAUGUUGGUUGGUGCGCUGUGCGCCCUCGCGGGCGUGCUGACGAUAGCCAUGCCAGUGCCGGUCAUUGUGAAUAACUUUGGCAUGUAUUACUCAUUAGCCAUGGCCAAACAGAAGCUUCCCAAGAAGAGAAAGAAACACAUCCCACAGGCUGUGCAGACAGGAUCCCCAUCAUACUGCAAAACUGACCUCAGUACAGCCUGUAACAGCACGCAGGGAGAACUGUGCCUGGGCCAGAGCAGAGGACUGGAGCGUCAUCGCUCAGUGUUGUCAGGAGACUGCAGCGCAGGAAGUGACAUCACAAUGUCUCCAGAGGAACGGAUACCCAUGCGUCAUUCUAGCAUGCGUGAACAAGACCGUCAUACUGAAGGGACGUGCUUCCUGUUGGCCGCCAGCGAUUAUACUUGCACAGCAGACUCAGCUAUGCGUAAAACAGUUACUGUGUCACCGCUGGCUGACGUACAGUUUAUAUCGGCCAGAGACGGCGAAGGCGGGGCCAGCAGAGACUCGGAUGGAUUUGAUGAAUUGGAUUGGACAGUGUGGAACAGAAUAAGCCUGUGAUAGGACAGUUCUGAAAGUGGACGCUCUUAUGGACAUCUCGUUUGAUCGGACUGCUCACGGCCUUUGGAACUUUCCGUUUAUUCCGUAUGGAAGAGGACUAAAGCCAGGAGCCAGAAAAAAAAAAAAUCUCUCUAUGGAUAGUGAAAUGUUUCCUGCUUAAAAUUGAAGUCGGCUCUCCAUUUAAAUGUUGCAUCUGUAUAAAGAAUGCACACAUCCCACCUGUGGCUUCCCCUCUGUGUCAGGUAGCAACACCCCCUCGAACCCCUUUCCAAGGCCUCUGUUGUUGCAAUAAGUGUAUUAAUGAUGUGUAGAGGCACAAAGUGUUUUAAAAUGAAGUAUUAGUGUAUCAACUAUACUGAACUACAGAGUAGAGAGAGAGUAAACAAUGCUAAGUUUAA